AUGACAGUAGGAAAAGAAACCAUGGGAGAGCAGCCGAUUUUCACGUGCAAGGCACACGUGUUCCACAUAGACCCAAAGACGAAGCGAUCAUGGAUGUCGGCCAGCUCGGCGGCGGUCUCCGUCUCCUUUUUCUACGAUUCCUCGAGGAAUUUGUACCGCAUCAUUAGUGUGGAAGGGACGAAGGCGGUCAUCAACAGUACGAUCACAGCGAAUAUGACGUUCACCAAAACGUCACAAAAGUUUGGACAGUGGAGUGACGUGCGAGCUAACACGGUGUAUGGGCUGGGAUUUGCUUCGGAGGCUGAAUUGGGAAAGUUCAUAGAGAAGUUCCAAGAGGUAAAAGAGGCGAUACAAGCACAACAGUGUGGUAAAACGACGAAUGGCUCUGGCGCGGCCACACCCGUGGCCUCGGCCACGGCCAGUCCCCUGCUGGCCGCGCGAGCCACAGAUGAACCACCCGCAAUAUCUCCGGCGCAACCUAAAGUGGAAAACGAUGAUAUGAUGGUGCACCAGCGAGCUCACUCCGUAUCCUCUACACUGCAGGGCGGGUACGCGACGGUGGGGCGCGCGCCGCGCGGGCCGCUGGCGGCGGUCGGCGCGCCCGAGCCCGCGGACACGGCGGAGCAGCAGCUGCGCUACGAGAACGACCGUGUGAAGCUCGCUCUGGCACAGAGG